UAGGAAGCGUCGUUUGACCAAUAUCCGCGUAGAGAGAGGGGGACACCAUUCAUCCAACAAAGGGACAGGAGCUGGGAUUAGCUGCUUAGGACCGGAGCAUGUUUGUGGCUGUGUUCCUGCUCCUGAUCACUCUGUGUGCUCAGGGAGGAAAUGGCGAUGAGGGGCAAGAGGCACAGAGACUUGGCCAUGUUUCGGUAGUAAUAGCAGGAGGCACGGGUGACCUGGCUAAGAAGUACCUGUGGCAGGGCUUCUUCCAGCUGUACAUCAACCAGGUCAGUAGCGGGUACACAUUUUGCUUCUAUGGUGGAGGACUGUCACCCAAGGACAAGGGCACACCGGCCCUUUUUGAGAUCUUGAAGGCUGUGUCCUGCCCGAGCGGUGUUCCUGUAGAGCGCUGCGCCGUGUUGAAAGAGCAGUACCUGCGGCUUGCGCAGUAUAGGCAGCUGAAGACUGCAGAAGACUACCAGGAUCUGGAUAAGCACAUUAAGCAACAACUUCAGGAAGAGGGAAUGGUGGAGGCAGGGAGGCUCUUUUAUCUUUCGGUGCCAGCCUUUGCAUACGCAGACAUUGCUGAUAAGGUCAAUAAUGCUUGCAGACCAACCACUGGGGCGUGGCUGAGGGUAGUGCUAGAGAAACCUUUCGGCCAUGAUUUCAGGAGUGCACAAAUACUUGCAACUCAACUUGGGAACUCCCUGAAGGAAGAUGAAAUGUACAGAAUUGACCAUUACUUGGGGAAGCAGGUUGUUUCAAAGAUACUGCCAUUCAGAAUAGCGAACAAGAAGUUUCUGGAUCCUAUCUGGAACAAGUACCAUAUUGACAGAGUGGAGGUUGUACUGAAAGAAACCCUGGAUGCUAAAGGUCGUAUUCCCUUCUACGACGAGUAUGGUGUGAUCAGAGAUGUGCUGCAGAACCACAUGAUUGAGGUCAUGACCUUGUUGACCAUGAGGUUACCAAAGAACAUGAGCAACAACCAGGAAGUUCUCCAGAACAAGCUGAAGAUCUUCAGCACCUUGCAGCCCCUAGGAAAGAAACAAGCCGUCAUAGGUCAGUACCAAGCCUACAACGCAGAGGUGUGGGCGGAACUGAACAAGACGAAGGAUUACGUCAGUCGCACACCAACAUUUGCUGCGGUUGUGACACACAUUGAUGUGGCCCAGUAUGAUGGUGUGCCAGUUGUUCUGGUCUCAGGCAAGAAGCUAGAUGAGCGUGUGGGGUAUGCACGUAUUCUUUUCAAGAAUGAUGUCUUUUGUGUUCAAAAUCACGACAGUAUCCACUGUAAGCCGAAACAGUUAGUUUAUUACUUCGGGCAUGGCAACCUUCAAUAUCCAGCAAUUCUUGUGACUAAAAAUCUGUUCAAGCCAGCUCUAAUUGACAGUGAGUGGAAGGAAGUGACAGAGCAUAAAGACAUUAAGGUUCUAGGUUUGCCCAUUUCAGACUAUUAUGUACAAACUCCAAUAGUGCAGAAGGAUGCUUAUGCAGAACUUAUCGCUCAAAUCUUCUCUGGUCGGAGGGAUAAUUUCAUCAGUGCUGAAAACCUCCUAGCCUCCUGGAACUUAUGGACUCCACUGCUCGACAGUCUUGCCAGCUCUUUCCCCCGCAUUUACCCAGGAGGUGCCGACAACGGGAACCUGUUGGACUUCCGUUUGAAAGGAAGGGAGAUUAGCUACAUUAGCAAAGCCGUAAUAAUCCCACCUGACCAGGUGGGUGGCUCUUCAACAGACAAUUUCCAGAUAAUGCAGGGCAAGUAUCGCAGUGCUGACAUGGUGACCGCUUGGACCGAGGAGCUCAUCGAGAGGCUAGCUACAGACCUGCAGGCAGCAGCUGAGGCAGUGGUGAGUGAGGGAGGAACCUUCCACCUUGCCUUGUCUGGUGGCUCCACUCCCCUGGCCUUGUUCCAGAGACUGGCCCAGCACCACUUCUCUUUCCCCUGGCGGGACACCCAUGUGUGGAUGGUGGAUGAGCGCUGCGUGCCUCUGACAGAGUCUGAGUCAAACUUCCACCUCCUGCAUGAGCACCUGCUCCAGCACAUUAGGAUACCCUAUUACAACAUCCACCCCAUGCCUGUUGAGCUAAACCAACGUUUAUGUGUGGAGGAGGAUGGAGGAGCACUGCUCUAUGAGAGGGAGGUCAACAAGCUUGUCAGCAACUCCAGUUUCCACUUUGUACUCUUGGGUGUGGGCUAUGAUGGUCACACAGCCUCUCUGUUUCCUGGCGAUAAAGUGGAUGGCCACGGGGAGCGCCUGAUCGCCCUCACCGAGAGCCCAGUCAAACCUCACCAGCGCAUGAGCCUCACUCUCAGAGCCAUCAACCGUGCCCACCAGGUUGCUGUAUUGGUGAUGGGAAAGGGCAAGCAUGAGCUGGUCACCCAGCUGAGCCGAGUCAAAGACAGCCCAAACAAAUGGCCUGUGACUGGGGUUAGGCCUACUAGUGGAAAACUUAUUUGGUAUAUAGACUAUGAUGCCCUUUUAGGAUAGGAAUGAAUCAGACAAAUGUCAGUGUCCACUGGAGCUGCUGUAACUGGACUUGUAUACUGGAUAUUAAAAAAAAAAAAAAAAGGUAUGGGUUAUGAGCCAGCACCUAAAUGUGUUCAAUGUGAAAUCCUUAUUAUUCAAAAU